GGCAGCUCCCGGACCGGGGGGCGCCGUCGCUGAGGCUCGGGCUCGGCCGGGCGGUUUCGGGGCCGAACAACCGCUCCCCGCCGCCUCAGGAAGCUUGAAGCCGAGCGGGAGCCCGGCCUCCCCUCGCCCCCGGGGCGGCCAUGGCGUGGCUGCGCCCCUGCUGGCCCCGCUGCGCCGCGCUAAGAUGGCGGCCGGGCGGCGCUGCCUGGGCCCCACAGCCGGGGAAGGCGCCCGGGGUGGCCCCGAGGGGACCGUGGCUUCCUCAUGGCGGCCGCGGGCUCCGCACGGCCUCGCCUGGCCUCGGGGAGGUGCCGCUGACCAGCGAGCGGUACCGAGUGCGGCGCCUGCCCUUCUCCCGCCUCAGCCCCCAGGACGUGGCGUUCUUCCAGCGCCUGCUGCCGGGCAGAGCCCUGACGGAGCCGGCGGCGCUGGAGCCCUGUAACGUGGACUGGCUGCGGUCGGUCCGAGGCUGUAGCACGCUGUUGCUGAAGCCGCAGACGACAGCGGAGGUGUCCCAGGUUCUCAGGUACUGCUCGGAGAGGAACCUGGCAGUGAACCCGCAGGGAGGUAACACGGGCCUUGUCGGGGGCAGCGUUCCUGUCUUUGAUGAGAUCAUUCUCUCCACCGUUCUCAUGAACCGGAUCAUCAGCUUUGACACCGUGUCUGGAAUCCUCGUGUGCCAAGCUGGCUGCAUCUUAGAGAGACUCAACGAGUACUUGGAGCAGCAGGGGUUUAUCAUGCCGCUUGACUUGGGAGCGAAAGGGAGCUGCCACAUCGGCGGUAACGUGGCCACAAAUGCUGGAGGCUUGCGGCUCCUGAGGUAUGGCUCCCUCCGAGGGACCGUGCUAGGACUGGAAGUGGUGCUGGCAGAUGGCACAGUCCUGGACUGCUUGGCAUCUCUGCGCAAAGACAACACUGGCUACGAUCUGAAGCAGCUUUUCAUCGGAUCUGAGGGGACCUUAGGAGUUAUCACGGCUGUCUCCAUACUCUGCCCUCAGAAGCCGAAGGCUGUGAAUCUGGCAUUCCUAGGGUGUCAGAAUUUCUCUCAGGUUCUGGAAACCUUUACAACCUGCAGAGCCAUGCUGGGAGAGAUCCUGUCUGCCUAUGAGUUCAUGGAUGAGAAGUGCAUGGAACUGGUUGAGAAACAUCUCAAGCUAUCCUGCCCAGUGAGAGACAGCCAUUUUUAUGUUUUAAUUGAAACUUCGGGCUCUAACUCAACCCAUGAUGAAGAAAAAUUGAACAGCUUCCUAGAACAGGCCAUGACUUCUGGAUUAGUCACUGAUGGAACUGUGGCAACAGAUGAUAAGAAGAUAAAGAUGCUGUGGAGCCUCCGGGAGAGGAUCACAGAGGCUCUCACUCACGAUGGCUGCGUUUACAAAUACGACAUCUCCCUGCCUGUGGGGAAGCUGUAUGAUCUCGUGACUGACAUGAGGGCUCGGCUGGGCCAGAGUGCCAAAAAUGUGGUGGGCUACGGCCACUUGGGAGAUGGAAACUUGCACUUGAACAUCACAGCAGAAUCCUACAGCCAUUCCCUGCUGGAUGCCAUUGAACCGUUCGUGUAUGAGUGGACUGCAAGAUAUAAUGGCAGUAUCAGUGCCGAGCACGGAUUGGGCUUCAAGAAAAAGCAGUUCAUUCAGUACAGCAAACCCAGCGAGGCAAUCUUUCUAAUGCAGCGCUUCAAAGCCAUGUUAGACCCCAAAGGGAUCCUCAAUCCAUACAAGACACUGCCCUCCAGCUCCUGAAGCAACAUGUUCUGAAAAGCAAGCAGAUGCCAUCAUGAGAGGACGACAUCUCGAUAACUGUCCUUUAACACCAAACUGAGAGAUCAAGCAAGCAUGUAGAAUGCUCCUUGGCUUAUUUUCUUAGUGUGAUGGAACAAGUAAAGGAAUGUGGUUCCUCUUUUCAGGUGUGUCUGCUCUUUCUGAAGAAGAGCACCUUACGGGUUCUCACUGUGUAGGCUUUCUGUUUAAUCUGAACACUGAAACGAAACAUACAGAUUUUUUUUUUAAUCUUACCUGCUUUUUCUACCAUGGGUAUGAUGUUUAGCGUUGGCAGUAGAACACUUACUACUUACAUAUCUCAAGCUCUGGUGAUCACUGUUCUUCUUUCCUUUCUGUUUUGUUUACUGCAUGCAUUCUGCAGCCAAACGGUGAGAUCAAAAAAAGGCCGUUGACUUUCUCUAUCAUCUGUGUAAUAACCUUAUUGAGGUACAACUGUAUCGGAAGUCACGCCUUGUAAAUCCUGUAUCAAGCACUUCUUUUCAGAAGGGAGGGACCUUUGGAGUUUUAUAUUGCCUUUAUCUGAAAUUAGCUGCCAAAUUAUGAAAGUAGAAUAGUUUGUUAAAAACAGAACAUAUUUACCACCAUUCUCACUUACCUUGCUGAGGUUGGUAGGGUGGAAUGCGGGAUCAUGGCAUGUGGCUAGCACCUGAGCCAGAUGGUAGCAGCAGUGCCCUUGCUAGUGCGUAGCAUCUGGGGGUUCCUUACGGCAUGAGACCUGCAUGCACAUGGGCUGAACAUCAAGAGGCAGGCCUAUGCGGGGAGGACUCAGAGAUAACUGACAAGUGCCAUUCACAUCAUUAUGGCACAAAAGGCAGGAGUCAGAAGUGGCAUGAUGUGCAAAAUGACCAUGCAGGGGCAGAGCUGUGUGGGCUGUAGAUCUGGCCACAGGAGUGCGUUCUGUUGUUUGACUUAGUACAAUGCAAUCUCCCCUGUUUCAGGACAAAGAGCUUUAAACCUUACAUAGAAUCAGUAAAAACUAUUACUACUCACAUAUAAGCAGGUAAAAACUAUUCAUCAGGAUUUUUGAUUGUGAUUACUCAUGUUACUGUGUAUAUCUGUGAACUAUUGUAACUUAAAAAUUGAUGUUAAUACUGUCUCUAAGGAGUACUCUUCUAAUAAAGAUUUCUUCACAUUUUGAAGCUCUUAGCAUUAUGUUAGAAUUGUAAUGAAACUGAGUUUUGAUCCUGUUUUAAUAAAAGAAACAAUUCAAAAGACAUUAAAAAAAGCCAUACGUUCA